CUUAUAACAUUCCCCAGAUCUUACCUGGGAAGCUAAUGGGCUAAGGGAAGUGCAGGGAGUGUAAACAUGAUCAAAACAGGUGAAACUCACAAGAACUGUAACUAUGGUAACCACUGCAUUGUUUACCUCAGACUAUAAAAGGUCGGUGCGGCCUGAGCACGGAUGGAAGUCCUUCCUCUUGAGGUGGACUUACCCGCCUGGUCCCCCAAUAUUUCCAAAUUCUCUCUUGUCUUUUCUAUUUCAUUUGUGUGUGGUCCCUCUUCCAGAUAUUGAACCCUGAACCACGUGGGACGUGGAGGGAAACAUUUACGACAUCUGGCGCCCGAGGGGAACUCUGGAAGUGAAGGUUUCACUAGAGCGGAAAAAACGAAGUUUCACUGGCAAAGUGAGGAACAAAGAAUUCACCGUAAAGGCACCUCUACCCCACUCUCCAGGAUUUUACUUUAUUCAACUCUGCUCAUUGCUGUGUGGCAAACCCAAGAAUCACAGCCUCCAGACUUUGCACAGCCUGGUCUCUGGCCCUGCCUCCAUUUCAGAGUUGGUCCAAGGAUGUCAGUGAAGUAUGAAGACCUCCAGUCCUUGGAGAGUGAGAAGAAAAGCCAGGGUUCUAGAAAUGGUCCCUGUGGCCCUCUGCUCCUCCCCCAUGUCUCUCCUGUCCUCAACCUCCAUGUGCUGAUGUCCUCUCCUCUUGCAGGGCUGCCUCCUCCCCCAGCCUUCCUGCAGCAUCUCUGCUCUGGCCCCUGGCCCCUUCUGCUCUCUCUGGGCCUCAUCCUUCUCCUGAUGAUUGGCAUCCUCGUAAUUGGAUCCAAAAAUGCCAAGAUUCAGAGUGAUGUGGAGACCCUGAGAGCAACUUUCAGCAACUUCACUUCCAACUCGAUGGCUGAGGUCCAGGCACUGCACUCCCAGGGUGGCAGUUUGCAAGCAACAAUAACAUCUCUGAAAGCUGUGGUGGCAAACCAGGAGCAGGAACUGCAAGCAGCCCGCAGCCUGAAUGACAAGGUGUUUUCUCUGGAGAGCAAGCUGGAGAGAGAGCAGCAGGAACUCAAAGCAGGUUAUUCUGAAAUGCUCCUGCAAGUCCAGCAACUCGGCAACGGCCUGAACUCCCUGAAUUGUCAGAUGGCUGCGCUCAAGAGCAAUGACUCUCAAAAUACCUGCUGUCCCACUAACUGGCUGAAGCAUGAAGGCAGCUGCUACUGGUUCUCUGGUACUGGGAAGCCCUGGCCCGAAGCUGAGAGGUACUGCCAGCUGCAGAAUGCCCACCUGGUCGUCAUCAACUCCAGAGAGGAGCAGAUUUUUGUCCAGAAGCACAUAGGCUCCUCAUACACCUGGAUGGGCCUCAGUGAUCCUGAAGGAGCCUGGAAAUGGGUGGAUGGAACAGACUAUGAGACCAACUUCAAGAACUGGAAGCCGGGCCAGCCAGAUGACUGGAAUGGACACGGGCUGGGUGGAGGCGAGGACUGUGCCCACUUCCACCCGGAUGGCAAAUGGAAUGACGACGUCUGCCAGAGGCUCUACCGCUGGAUCUGUGAGGCCAGCAUUAGCAGGUCCAGAUAGGAGUGUCUUAGAGCUGCUUCCUGUGGACCAUUGAGCCAUGGACAUGGCAGGGAUGGGGGCAAGAUUCUUCCCCAGACACUCCUAACAAGAUCUCUGUGGGAGAGAAAUAUGCCCUGGGAGAUUGGAGCACUGCCAUCAUUUUGAACUUUUUUCUCCUUAACUUUCAAAGAUUAUAUAGAGUUCCUAAGGUGUUUUUAAAAAUUGAAUUUCAGCUUUAUUGAGGUAUAAUUGACAUAUAAAACUUUAAGUUACUUAAAGUAUACAUGGUUGUGAUUUGAUAUAUAUAGUAAAGGAAAGACCCCAUCUAGUUAAUGAACACAUCUAUAAUUUUACAUAAUUAUUAUUUUUAGUAAAUACUUAAGUUCUAUUUUCUUAGCAAAUGUCACUUAUACUAUACAGUGUUAUCAACUAUAGUCACCACGUUUUACAUUAGAGCCUCAGACCUCAUUUUGUAACUGAAAGUCUGUACCCUUUUACCAACCUCUCCAUAUUUUAUACCCCCACCACCCAGGCAACCACUUUUCUACUAUUUCUUACUAUGAAUAUGAUAUUUUCAGAUUCCACAUAUAAGUGAUGCCAUGCAGUAUCUGUCUUUCUUGGUCUGGCUUAUUUCACUUGGUAUAAUGCCCUCAAAGCCCAUUCAUGUUGUGGCAAAUGGCAGGAUUUCCUUCUACCUCGUGAAUGAAAAAUAUUUCAUUGCUCAUAUAUACCACAUCUUCUCUAUCUAUUCAUCCACUGAUGAACACUUAGGUUGUUCCCAUAUCUAGGCUAUUGUUAAUAAUGCUACAAGGAACAUGGGAUGCAGAUAAACCAUUUUCACUUCAUUUGCAUAUAUUCCCAGAAGUGGGAUUGCUGGAUCAUAUGGUAGUUUUAUUUUUAAUUUUUGCAGAAAGCUCCAUAUUAUUUUUCACAGUGGUUGCACCAAUUUACAUUCCUACCAGUAGUACAUAAGAGUUCCCUUUUGCUUUGCCAACCCAGACUUGUAACCUUAAAAAUGAACUUUAUUGAGAUAAAAUUCUUACAUAGUAAAAUGAACUCAUUGAAAGAGUAGAGAUGACUUUUGAGAAAUAUAAAUACCUAUGUAGUCUAUA